UCUGGCAUGUGCGUACAUGGCACAUGCCAACAUAUCAGAAAUAGCUACAUAGCUAUCCAUUUGCAAUUGCAGAAUCAAGACGCGGCGGCAUUCCUGACAUCCAGCUAGCCAGGUAGUCAGCUAGGCAGGUAGCUAGCCUUCCAGUUUGCCACCUGAGCUGGAGCCAUGCUCAAGGCCAAGAAACUCUCCAAUAAAACUGUCAAUUAACCUUUAAGUGAACUUGGAACGCAGUAAAAGAUGCUGAAAACAAAAUAAUUUCCAUUUGCAUAGACCCCAAGUGGGCGUCGGGCGGGAGGCGGUGGGUGAGUGGGGCAUAUCUUAUCGCUGGCUGCCAGAAUGCCAGGUGAGCGAUAGCAGCGGAACAUUUUGCGCUCGCUGCUAAUAGAGAUCUCGCGCAGCGGCUGUCAAUGGCUUAAGCCUGGGGCAGGCAUUAGGAAAAGCCGCUGCGAAAAAGUGGACCACACUCUAAGAGCUGUGGCCCGCCCCACCCCCUCUGCCCGGCACGCCUGCCCUGCUUUGUGGAGUUUGAAGCUGACAAAACGCUGCUAUUUCCAAUUGUGCUAUUAAUCUGCCACAUUUGCACUUCUCCGUGCUUUGGCCUGCUCGCACAGGAACGAGAUGGCGGAACGCUUCGCCUCGCUUCGCAUCGCUAAGCCGAAAAUAGAAGCAAUCAAAAUGAAAAUACAUUCUCUUCGUGCUUUCGUCUCCGUGCGUAAUAAAAACCCCAAAAGCAAAACGUUUUCCAUUUAAAAUGUCGUCGCAAAUGCAAAAGCUGCUCUCCGUCCCCGUCCCCGUCCCUCUCCACCUCUCACUCACGCUCCCACUGGCAAGCCAGCGCUAACUGUAACUGUUCGACUAACUGCGACGCAGCGACCAAUCAGAGGCCAGCAGCGUCACGCCCACUGCGCCAAUUGCUGCACAGCUGCCGGCCAGUGCUGCCAAGCGACGCGCAGACCCAGACCGGUUUGUCCACCUCAGCACAGACGAGCGCGCCGGCGCAGCGAGUGAGAGAGCGAGCCGUGCGAGCGAGAGGCAAACACUCGCGAGGCGGAGCCAAGGCAGAGCAACCACCACAGGCGUAGGCAAGUGCGGGCGGGAGGGUUGGCGCGCGUUUAUUAUGGUAGGUUAGGUUCAAACAAGGUGGCAAACAGGCUCGUUAAAGCUAACCAAACAGGAGGGCAGCAGCCACGGCGACUGCGACGACGACGGCGACAGCGCUGCCGGCGUCAGCGGAACUGGUUUUACGUGCUCGCUAAGCCACUUAACGAGCGGUGGCAGCGGGCAGCGACAGCGACUGAGGCAGCGGCCGAGACAGCGACUGCGGCAGCGACACAGUCCGUCGGCAUAUUUUUGGUUGCAUUUAUGAAAAGCGUUCACGCCCGCCAGCACGCGCCCGCUAGCAGCACGGAGUUUUUUCGCUCACUCGUCGAUCUCAAAUCUGAGCCCAGUUCCAUUUGUCGAGCCAGUUAACGGUUAACGAAAUCGCGUCGCGGCCUCGUUUCAUUAAAGCCAAAGCCAAAGUGUGGGGCCUAUCGAAGCGCCGUCAACUGUGCAGUGAGUGAGGCAAAUAAAUACUCGAUUCAUAAGCAGAUCCCGAUAUAUAUAUGAGUAUAUAUCUGAAUAAUCAAGAAUAGAAAAAAACAAAAGUGUUGUUCAAAUUGGCGCCUCACAUAAGCCUGACAGCUCUCAACAUGUCCAGUCACGAGGAGGAUGAGCACGAGCAGGAGCACGAGCACGGCGAAGAUGUUGAGGAGCAGGAAAUUCACGUCGAUGUCGACUCCGAUUCACGAAUGUCCUGCGGCAGCGGCUCAGACGUCGACAUGGACAAUGGCAGCUGCUAUGACGAAUCGGAGACUCCGCUCAGCGAAUCACUGCAAUCGGAGCAGACGCGCUCCUCAUCCAGCGAGAAUCUGCCCUUCAGUAUAUCGCGCCUGCUCUCGAAACCCUUUGAAACCAACAACAACAACAACAACAGCAGCAACCAACACAAUAACAGCAGCAGCAACAACAACAACAACAACAAUAACAACAACAGCAACUUGGAUAGAAAUAUUGAAGAGAAAGAGCUGCAGGCAGAUGAACACGAUUUGGCCGCCUAUAAAUUGGCCAGCAGCAUUGCCAAUUCGACUUAUGGCAGCGCCGCAGCGCUUUACUCGUAUCCGCAUCUUUAUCCGUCGGCAGCGGCAGCGGCUGCUGGUCAUGUGCUACGUGUGCCGCCGCAGCGCACGGCGCUCACCUGGGCGCUGCCGCCGUUGCAUCAUGCGGCGCUCGCCCAUCAGGCGGUCAAGGAUCGGCUGGCAGCUGCCUUUCCCAUUGCCCGACGCAUCGGACAUCCGUAUCAGAAUCGCACGCCGCCCAAGCGAAAAAAGCCGCGCACCUCGUUCACACGCAUCCAGGUGGCCGAGCUGGAGAAACGUUUCCACAAGCAAAAGUAUUUGGCAUCUGCCGAGCGGGCGGCACUCGCUCGCGGCCUCAAGAUGACCGAUGCACAGGUGAAAACGUGGUUUCAGAAUCGUCGCACCAAAUGGAGGCGUCAGACGGCGGAGGAGCGCGAGGCGGAGCGACAGGCAGCCAAUCGGCUGAUGUUAUCACUGCAGGCGGAGGCCAUUAGCAAGGGCUUUGCGCCACCCGCUGCGCCGCUCAGCACACAGUCCGGCGUAAAUGGAGCUCCGCUGGCGGCGCUGCACGGCUUGCAGCCCUGGGCGGAGGCGUCCCAUGCAGCGGGCUGCUAAUUGUCAAAUGGUAGAUCGUAUAUAUGCACAUACACGUAGCACUAUCUACACAUGUGUCUGUGUGUGUGCAUAUGUGUAUAAGGUUUAUUUGUGAUAAAGUUUGCUUUGUAAAUAGAGUUGAAAAACGGAAUGGGCACAGCGAAGCCCCGAACCAGACGAAUCAAUCAAUUUGUAAAUAUGUAGCUUUACUUUCCCUAUAAAAUACAGUAGUUACACCAUAUAAUCAUAUGCUUAAGAACUCGAUGUAAGUUUAAGUAGUUUCCUUUAGUUUGUAGCGCAGUGUUUGCAUGAUUUAAUUUUCAACUUCAGUUGUUCAACACCUCUCAAAGUCUCACAAAAUGUCAACUCUAUAGAGCAUACACAUAUACAUAUGUAAUAGUUUAUAAAGUAUAAAAGAAUUUUAAAUAUACGGCUUGUAUUGUAUGUUAGUUCGUAAGUCGAAUGGCAUUACCUAGUAUUAUAAUUAUAAAUAACUAUUGCAAGAUAUAAAUAACUGAAAUAAAUACAUUACGAAAUCAAAGAAAA